AUGGACGACGUGGACGAUGGGAGCGAUGCCACGGCGCUCGCGACGCUCCUGGAGACGGUGGACGCGAUGCGGACGCGGGUGGAGGCGGAGAUGAUGGGGGCGGCGGAGGGGGUCUCGGACGCGCGCGCGCGGGCGAAGACGCUCGAAGAGACGUUGCGCGAACGCGAGGCGCGGUCGGUGGAAGAGAUCGCGUGCAUCGCGGAAAAUUGUGAUGCGGUGGCGAAGAAGGCGAAGGAGUUGUUCUCGAGUUGA